CAUAAAAGAGAUUGCUUCGAGUAAAGGAAUUGCUUUGACCCUCCUAAUUCUUUGCAUCUGUCAUGUCAAAUCUGGUAUAAGCAGCUAAAGUUUUCUUGAAGUGAGGUGAAAGCUUCGAAUUUGAAAUGGGGAGCUAAGGCUCUGCAUUCUGUAUGGGGGAAUUGAAUGAGGGGCACAAUAGCUAUUACCUGCAAUACUAGUGCCUUGUACUGAACAAUUUCUUUCGCUUCCACGGCUCUACCAAAUGAUGCCUCAUUGUUGAUAACACUUGUAGAAACGAGAGGUGCAGAAUAUUUCAGAGGGGGAAUGGGCAAUUCAAUUAUACAAGUAGCAGAAGAGCAUCCAUCACCAGCCCUUUCUUCCUUCUGUGCUGCUACCAAAUAACAUGAUCGCUCUCAAGGUCAUCUUGAAUCCAUCGCUUCAUCCACCCAACCGGUGCUUCCCUCACCGCAGAAAUCCACGACCGAAUAAGAGGAACCACUGUUUUGUGACUGUGUCCUGCAACACGAAGGAUUCCGAACCUUCUUCUUCUUCGCCGGAAGGAGAUGAGCGCAAGCGGGAAUUGCUGGCGAAGAUGGCCAUGAUAGAAGCGCAGAAAGUCAGGCUCACCAACUUCUUGGACGAGCGAUCUGCCUACUUGACACAGUUCGCCGAAGAGGCCAAUGUCGAGUUCGAUGCAAUAGCAGAGGAAACGCUCAAGGGACUCGAUGAAGCCAGUGCAAGGAUCAUGGAGAAUCUGGAGAGUCGGAUGCAGGCCUUCGAAGAAGAUGCAGGUUUGAACAAGGAGGAGAUCAAGAGGAACGACCAAGUAUUGCAGGACUUUGAAGACCAGAUGGAGAAGGAAAGGAACGAUGGGCUCUUCUUCAAGAGCCUGAAGACCAAGCCACCCACAGGGGAUAAGAAGGUAGAUGCCAAGGAGGAAGUCAAAAAGCUCAAGGAAGUCACCCGAGGGAGUGCCAAGUCGAGCAUAAGAAGAAACAUCUAUCUGGCGCUGGUUGGCCUGUUGGUGCUCACCAUCAUCGAUGCUCUCACCAUUUCAUCCGCCGUUGACUGGCGGAAGAUAGCAGUUCUCGGAAUUAUUUUGUUAGCCUUGACUGUGCAGCUUGUGUAUGAACAGAGCAUCUCCACAGAAACGAAAGAAAAGGAUGAAGAAUGAUAGAUGUAGUAGCACAGACAAACCCCCCAAAUUAGCUGUAAAUAUACCAAAGGAACCGACCAACAUAUCAGGGCAUCUUUCACUCCAAAGGUUGUUCCCGCUCUGGACAGAGCCUGAACUUGGUGGUCUCUUGCAUUGAGCCCGAUGCAGCCCAACAUGCUCUGUCGUCACCAAGAAACAGGACUUGUGGCUUACAAUAGUCUCUGGUGCCGCAAGAACAAUAUAUUCUGCAGCUGGCUUUGUACCAUUUUGAUUAUAAUUGAAAUUGUUUUAACUCUCUUGUAGAAAAGAAGGCUUUACGAACUGCUUUUCAUACUGUUUCUUAAUCCCGAAUAGAAGCUGUUUUAUUUUUCUCUUCUUUAA